GCUAACCUGAGUUAACCUGUUGCACGUCCAGCCAUUUAGUGUAGAAUUUAAACAAAUGGAUUUUUGCCUCUACUAUAUUCUAUUAAAUAUUGAAAAAAAGAAAUCAUUGAGCGUAUAAACAAUGAUCAUGAUGAUAUCGGCGUCGACGUCAUCGCCGGGCGACACUCACACUGUGAGUGUGACUGUCACGUUCAGCUAGUUCUACUUCUCGUUUAGGUCAAGCACAAUGAAAUUACAUAUGGCACAGAUUGUAGCAAUGCUACUGACACUGCACAUUUGUUCGUCUGUGAAUGCAAACCUAUCCUCUUUUGGAUAGUAAAGAUUAAAAGUCAAUGGAGCCAACGGCAGAUUUGAGGUCUUUUUUAGGACAAGGUCUGACGGAACAAAACCCAUAUGAGAGUUUUAUGCGCAAGCAUCUCCAAUAUUAUGGAUAUUACACAGGUGGCAGCCUGAGCGACGCGAGCCUCCAGCAGCGGCGGGGCACGCUUGACGGAGGAGAGAGCCGCUCUGGUUCUCAGUUGAGCGAGACGAGAGACGGAGAUGCGUUUGCAUCGACAGGAAAUAGCCGAUACCUACAGCAUAGCGACAGCUGCAGCAGCAUCAACACUGAAGACAGCGACUUCGGACAUCGACAGCUGGAUGGAGGGCUGCCGGACGAGGAGGAGGAGGCGGCCGGGGGGGCGCUGCCAAGCACGACUCAGGUGACCUUCGCUACCGAGGAAGGUCGCCUCGUGCCGCAGCUCAGGGCGCCACGAAACCUCUACUCAUUCUCGCGCGAGCUCGGCUCGCAGCAGGCGACACGAUGGCCGACAGAGUGUCAGGUGCUCAAGAAUCCCGUCAAGCUGAUCGAGUACGUCCCACCCAAGCCUGAGCCCUUCUACGAGCGGGCGGGCACAGAGAUGGCGCCCAUCUACAAGCCGCAGGAAGUGGCCCGGCGUCUCGUGUUCGACUACGCGCCGACGACGGCCGGUUUCUUCCUCAAGUCGGCCGUUGGCGGCUCGAAGCAUGGCUGCCUGCCCGUUGUCGUGAAGCUGCAGGGACCCACCGACGCCACCCUCGUAUUCGAAUCGCGAUUCGAGUCGGGAAAUCUGGCGACGGCAGAGCAAAUAUCGGAGUUUGAGUAUGAGCUGAAGCUGUCGAUGGACAUGUACACGAACCGGCACCGGCAGUGGUUCUACUUCCGCGUGACGAACGUACGAGCUGGACCAGUCUACCGAUUCACGAUAGCCAACAUGGCGAAGGCAGGGAGCCUGUACGAGGAGGGCAUGAAGCCACUGUUCUACUCGGAGCGCGACGCGGCGAAGGCCAAGAUCGGCUGGAGGCGGACGGGCAACGACAUCAACUACUACAAGAACAACCUGUUCGGGGAAGACGGAAAGAGCUGCUAUUCGCUGAGCUUCACCUUCAAGUUCGACCACAACAAAGACACCUGCUACUUCGCCUACUGCUACCCGUACACGUACUCAGACCUGCAGGACGCUGCUGCAAAGGACUCCUUCCCGCCCAUGCUGAACAUCCGCGAGGAUGUCGAGGAGGUAGUGUGCACUGCGGAGGUGGCCGACGCGCUGCCGCCCGGGUGGGCUGCGAGGGGUUGGGGCUGCUGCGUGGAGAGGCUGAGGCAGGAGCGUGAAGUGCUUAUGUACUGCGACCUUCACGGACACAGCCGCAACCAGAACAUCUUCAUCUACGGCUGCGAGGACAAGGAAAACGUCAGCAAUCGCAUGAAGGAGCGCGUCUUCCCCUUCAUGCUCAGCAAGCGCGCCUCGAACCUGUUUUCGUUCGAUAGUUGCAAGUUCUUGGUGCAGAAGAGUAAGGAAGGUACAGGACGGGUCGUAAUGUGGAAGCUGGGCAUUCCUAAUGCCUUCACGAUGGAGGCGACGUUCUGUGGCGCCACCAUCGGUGAGAAUGUCGGCACGCACUUCUCGACGGCCGACCUUGAGGACAUGGGUCGCAACUUCUGCCGCACGCUCCUCGAGUAUAGCAAGCUCGACACGUCCGAGGAGGCUUACGUCAUCUCGCAGCUGGCAGAUGCUACGAAGCGCAACCAGCAGCUGCGCAUCGGCAACGACGAUGACGACGGCUCGGACGCGGACGGGGACGACGACUCGAGUGAUGAUGGUGGAUCGGAUAGCUCAGUGUCUGAUGGCUUACCUGUGCAUUACCUGGGACUGGCUGCCAAGUUUGCAGACGGGAAGAAGAGCAGGAGGAGGCCGCGGCGGAGGAGGUACGGUCGGCAGCAGGUGCUAACGAGGAAGACUGCGCAGGAGAGCGAUACCAGCGUCGUCGUCGCCGCGUCCUACGCAUUGUGGGCGGGCGAUGAUUGCAAGCAAUCACAGACAGUGGCCGCGCUCUAUUCACAGUCGUUGCCGUGGCAGCGCAGACGCCGCCCACGCCGGCCCGCCGCGCGGCCGAUCCCGCCGCCAGACGACAGUGAGUCGAGCAGCCGGCGGACGAUCGCGCCAUCGCCGACCGCCAGGAGCGCGCACGGGAGGCCAGAGUAG